AUGACGUCAUUUCCCUCGAUCCCUCUCCAGCCCAUCCCCAAAAGCUUCUCCGGCGGUGGCGGUGGUGGUGGUGCUGGUAGUGGUGGUGGUCCGGUCCUCUUGGGCUCCGGUCUGAUCGAAAGAGGGUUUCAUAUAGACCGGUCCUCUUGUUCUCCGGUCCGCUGGACCGUGCCGUUGGGAUAUCAUCAGGCCCGCUUGAGAAGCCCACCUCCGUUGAUCAUCAGUUUCAGCGUAGCUUCUCCCAAGGGGAAAGCCGAUGAGGAUCAUGUACACGUCGUCGAUUCUGAGGAGCACGGUUGGCUUUUCGUUGGAAUAUACAACGGUUUCAACAGUCCAGAUGCAACGAAUUAUCUUCUCUCUCAUAUGUACCCUACGCUUCAUAAGGAGCUUAAAGGUUUGUUGUGGGACGAGAAUCCAAAGCCUCAGGAGCUAGAGAGAUCUUGUCUUGAUUCAGACCGAGUUGUUCAGGAAGAUAUUAAUGGUCAUUAUGUUCUAGAGGCAUUGUCACAAGCUUUGAGGAAGACAGAAGAAGCGUAUCUAGACACUGCUGAUAAGAUGCUUGACGAGAACCCUGAGCUAGCUUUGAUGGGUUCUUGUGAUGCUGAUGAAAGGUGA